GCGGAACUGAUCUAUUUGAGCCUUCCGGGGGCCGGCGUGGUAGACUUCUCUCCACGUGGAGGAGAGAGGUUCGGCGUGCAGAGUAGGGCUGGAAAUGGCUACACUGUACGUGGAGGAUUUGCUGGCGCGCGCCGAGGAGCGCGAGGCCGAGACGCUACGCAGCGUGACGGUACACAAGGAGCUGGACCUGGAGUUCGAUGCGGGCAACCUGCUGGUGGUGGAUAAGAACCCUGUGUCGCGCGCCCUGGCGCGUGAAGGUAAGGCUCGCGAGGACCUGCUGAGAGCCUUGGCCCGCGACAACACGCAGCUCCUGGUGGGCCAGCUGUGGGCUCUGCCAGCGGAGCGGGCCGAAGGAGGGGCGGGGCCGGUGGUGGUCAAGCUGCCCGAGCCUUCGACCCGCCUGCCCCGGGAAAAGCCGCUGCCCAAGCCCCGGCCGCUCACUCGGUGGGAGCAGUUCGCCCGGCUCAAAGGGAUCCGCCCGACACGCAAGAAGCGCGGCACGCUUGUCUGGGACGAGGCGGCGAAGGAAUGGCGGCGCCGCUGGGGUUACCGCCGCGCCGGGACUGACCCUAAACGCGACUGGGCUCUGGAGGUGCCCGAGACGGCCGACCCGCUGGAAGACCAGUUUGCCAAGCGGCGCCAGGAGAAGCGCGAGAGAGUGGCGCGCAACGAGCUCAACCGCCUGCGCAACCUGGCGCGCGCCCACCGCGCAGCCGCCCCGCAGCUGCACCCCACCGGCCACCAAGACCGGGUUGAGCUGCGGCGCGUCACCGCCGUCGCCCGCCUCGCCACUGCCUCCCGCGGCCGCUUCCAGCCUCGCCUGCCCAAGGAACCGCCCGUAGCGAAGAACCCCGGAGGUGGGAAGAAGCGCCACUUCGCACCGGUGCUAGGAGAUUUGGAAGGGGAGAAGAAGCGGCAGCUGGAACUGGUCCGGAACCUGAACGCCAAAAAGUCGCCUUUGGACCUGACCCGCGCAGUCAACAAGCAGCUCCGGCAGGAAGACGCCGAGGCUGCGGCUGCCAAGGGCAAGAAGCGCGGCCAGCGCGGCAAGAGGGGCCGGCGGCAGCAGCAAAGACCCGGCAGCAGCAAGAGCAAGAAAAGCGGAGGAGCCACCCGGAGAGGGAGCCAGGGGGGACCUGGACGCAUGGGAGGCAAGAGGAAGAAAAAAUGAGCCGUGGGUUGGGUGGGGGAGACUGAAUGGGCCCCAGUGAUAGCCUCCUGCUGCCGGUGAGAUGCUUGCCUGCAAAGCCUCAGCUGCUGAUUCCUGGCACAUGGCCAAAAGAGAAUGUGGCCUUCAGCUAUGACCGCUUUCCCCUAUUGUUGGACUGGGGCUUUAGAGACAGACUUCCUGGGAUUUAGUAAAAAGGGAAGAAGCUCCUGCCCCUCAACAGUCAGUAAUUUCCAUAACUGGAGGGGGCUUGAUCACCUGGUGAGGAGUGCUGUGUUUUCCUAGGACACAUACCAGUGCUAGUGUGAAGCAGGUAAUGCAUGUUAUAAAAAGGUUGAUGGAGCUCCAGUUCAGUUAACAUUUUUUAGAUUUUACUGUGAUUUGGACUGAUGUUUAUCUUGCAUCCAAAGAAGUAAAGCCAUUGCAAGGGGUAUAGAGUUGAUAUGUUCGAAAGCUUCUAUUUCAUACAGAAUAAAAAGAAACAAAUAUACUACCUUAA